CAAAUACGAUCGUUCUUCAUAGUGAUUAAAAUGGAGAAUAUGUUCAUCAUAGGCUUUACAUUAGCCUUUUUAGGAAAUAUUCAUGGAGUUGCGACUGAAGCUAUAACGCCAUGCCCGGAUGACUGGACUGCCUACGAAGGCUCGUGUUACUCCUUUCAUUCCCAUAAUGCAACAUUCACCGAGGCAGAACACUACUGUCAGAACCACAGAGCUCACCUGGUGCACGUGAAUGAUGACAUCGAGAACAGUUUCCUCAGAAAUGAGAUACAAGAACGAAAAGCGGCAGUUGGCUGGUGGAUUGGUCUGACGGACGAGGAGGUUGAAAAGGUCUACAGAUGGACGGACACAAACGAUAUACUCACCCAGGAAGAUUAUACGGACUGGGCUGUAGGGGAACCAAAUGACGUUGGGCACCACGAGGACUGUGUGCACAUAUACAGUGGCAAAGACUUGCAUUGGAACGAUUACAUUUGUACAGAACGCCAACCGUUCAUAUGUGAGCAGAAUCCGGAGACAGAGCUCGGAAUCGUUGGAUAACAUAUUUCAA